AUCAACUCCAUUUUAAAAUUUUUUUUCUCUCGUUCCAAAACUUAGCGGGUUUUCAGUGUCUUCUUUCUCUAUCAUCGUGUGUGCGUGUGCCAGUGCAGUGUGUCAAACUCGUCAUUCUGAUUUAUUCAAAUUUUGGUCUACUUAAGACGUCUCACAAAGUGUGAAUUUUAGGACUAAAUCCAAUCUAGCCAAAGGAAAAUCCGAAAAAAAAAUGACGGGUCAGAACGGCCAUUCAUCCAAUGGGGAUGCGAACAUCAGUGAGAAACCUUUGACAACGUGGAUUGUCGGCCUUGUCAAUUCUCGUUUGAAAUACCUGACAGCGGAAACUUUUGGAUUUAAAGUGAACGCCAACGGCUUGACACUGAAGAAGAAGCAGCUGUGGACUCUGGAAGCCUUCGGCGACAACACCGACGCCGUCUGCUUACGAUCGCAUCUGGACAAGUACCUCUCCGUCGACCAGUUCGGCAAUGUAACUUGCGAUGCCGAAGAAAAGGACAACGGAGCGCGUUUCGAGAUCUUCGUACCCGAAUCGGCUGCCGGCAAGUGGGCCUUAAAGCACCCGGAACGCGGAUAUUUCCUGGGCGCCUCCGCUGACAAGCUGGUCUGCUCGGCCAAGACCCCUACCGAGAACGAACUAUGGUUUGUUCACUUGGCUGCACGACCUCAAGUCAACUUGCGUUCAAUGGGUCGACGUCGAUUCGCACAUUUGAGCGAUCAAGGCGACGAGAUCCACGUCGACGCCAACAUUCCAUGGGGUUCGACGACGCUCUUUACGCUCGAAUUCCGCGACGACUCGCGCCUCUAUGCCAUCCACACGGCCAACAACCGUUACUUAUCGCGCGACGGCCGACUGCUGGAGCAGUGCAACGCAACUUGCCUCUUUUCUCUUGAAUACCACGCCGGAGCUUUGGCUCUACGCGAUACCCAGGGACUUUACUUGGCCCCUCUCGGAUCCAAGGCCGUCUUGCGGACGCGUUCGACUUCGGUGACCAAGGACGAGCUGUUCACGCUCGAAGACUCGCUGGCCCAAGCAGUCUUUGUCGCCAUGAUGAAUAGCCGUUAUGUCUCCGUCAAACAAGGUGUUGAUGUCACGGCCAACCAGGACGAAAUCUCGGACCAUGAAACUUUUCAACUCGAGUACGAUGUUUCGACUGGACGCUGGUACAUUCGAACGAUGGGUGACCGCUACUGGACUUUGGAGACGGCUGGGGGCAUCCAAGCGUCUUCCUCGAAAAAGAGUUCAAACGCCCUAUUCCAAAUGGAUUGGCAAGAGGACGGCUCGAUUGGUUUCCGUGCCAACAAUGGUAAAUUUGUCGGAACCAAAAAGUCUGGACAUCUGUUUGCCAACGCUGAUUCAAUCGAUGAGUCAAGCAAAUUCUUCUUUUACUUGAUCAACAGACCUAUGCUGGUAUUGAAAUCCGAGCAGGGAUUUGUUGGCUACAAGAGUGGCUCAAAUUGCAAAUUAGAAUGUAACAAAGCUAACUAUGAAGCCAUCCAAGUGGAACGUGGGCCACUGGGUCUAGUCUUCUUCAAAGGUCAGAGCGGUCGUUAUUGGCAAGUAGGCUCUGAUGGAAUCACAGCUGACGGUGACACCCCCGAGGGUUUUUAUCUGGAACUACGCGAGCCUUCCAAACUGUGUAUCAAGAGUGGCGACGGUGCGUACCUAAUGGCUGACAAGAACGGCGUUUUCACAGCCGGAAGUCGCGAUUCUGAGAUGGCCACUCGCUGGGAAUUUUAACACGCACAUCUUUCUUGAUUUCUCUUUUGGCCUAUUUGUCUUUUUUUUUUUAUUUUUUUUUUUAUUUUGCUGUUUUAUUUUGUAGUUUUUUGUCGCUUAUUUUCGUUACACAUUUUCCCGUGAAGUUGGUAACACCGUUUAACAGAACACAUUUACAAUCGCCGCUUUUUAAUUACUUGCCAUCUUUACCGGCUUGAAAAGAGGAUUUAAAGAGAUUCGCUUCAGUAAUUGUGUGUAGGCACCUUGGAGCUAUUCGGAUUACUGCUUUUCAUUCAUGCGUCAGUAAUCGGAACGCCCAAAAGUUUCUUAGAGGGAAGUAUGCUGCUUAUUGCCAUGUACUCUGUGGGAAUCAAAUUUUUUUAAAUCUUAAAUUAUUUCCGUUUAUUUCUCGUUGUUUAUAUGUUCAAUUUCCAGCAAUUCUAAUGUACUCGCUUCCACUAUACAUACAUACUACCAUG